AUGGGCGGGGAGCAUCGCGAGCAACCCUGUUGUAUUUUUCCAGCUCUCGUCGGCGACAGUGGUCAGCAAAUCAGCAAAAGACGACUUGAGCGCGUUCAAUUCAAUUGGGAGCCGAUACAAAGCAACUCAAAUGCGACCAAUUUAAUUCAAUUAGCUUGGGGUGUUGUCUUGCGCCUUUAUGCUGGAUCUGAGGAUAUUGCGUUUCUUUACGCCAAGACCAGUGUCCAGAACAGCAGGUUUCAUCUAUGCAGCUUCCAGCUGCAGGGUGAGAAAUGUUUGCAAAUUCUAGCUGGAGACAACUCUCAUAAUGUGUCCAGAUGGCAUACUCGGCCACUGGAUGUCGCCCGUGAUGUGGACAAGUUCCAAGGGAAUGUCAACACUAUGGUGGUUGAGAGUGCCGCCUUCGCCAAUGACUGGGAGCAAAAUGCUCCAUUGCCCGAAGCAUUACACUCAGGAAAGCCUACCCAGAUGAUCGAUUUAGUCCUAGAAUUCCAAAGGUCAAAUUAUUCCACGCAUAAUAUUAUUAUUCAUUACAGCCCUUCCGUCAUCGAUGGCAGGCUAGCCAAUAGUGUGGUGGAAACUUUCAAAGAAACAUUGACUCGCCUUUUUGAGAAUUCAGAGUUGACUGUGAACGAUAUAAACCCUUGCAGUGCAUACGACUUCGAUCAACUGAAGCUUUGGAACCCAUCUAUACCAGAGCCAGAAGCUGAAUGCGUCCAUCAGACCAUUCUAAAGCAAUGCAGUCAAAAUCCUGGUGAUGUCGCUGUCGACUCUUGGGACGGGGUUCUGACUUAUCUCGAGCUUGACUUUCUUUCCGCAGAACUUGGGCAACGUCUUCUCAAGCAAGGAGUUUCCACAGGGACGCUGACUGUAUUAUGCUUCGAGAAAUCCAAAUGGGCAAUUGUGGCUGUCCUGGGAGUCUUGAGAGCUGGCAGUGCCUUUGCAUUUGUUGACCCUUCAAGUCCCCUUCCACGUAUGCAAAGCAUAUGCCAAGAUCUACAGGCUAAAUAUUUGGUUUGCUCGACAGCCCAUUCUGAGUUGGGGCAAGAUCUUGAUUUACAUACCAUAAUUGCGUCAACACCAGCAUCGCUUUCUCCAGAGAGCUAUUCAAAAGCUCAGGUUAUCAACUCGCAGAUUAGCCCAUCCAGUCCAAUCUAUGUUGCAUUCUCUUCUGGUUCAACCGGCAAACCAAAAGGGGUUGUCAUAGAGCAUAGGGGCUUUUGGCUGCGGGCCAUGGCAAAUAAAGAGAUCCUAUCGCUGGGAAAGUCGUCAAGAACACUUCAAUUCGCAAGUUACGUGUUUGAUGUCAGCAACAGGGAUAUACUGUACACUUUAAUGUUCGGCGGUUGUAUCUGUGUUCCCUCCGAUUACGACCGCUAUAACAACCUGACGACGUAUAUGACUCAAAAACAGAUAAACUGGGCCAGCCUGACCCCCUCUGUUUCCAAUCUGCUGGAUCCAAAUAACGUACCCCAUCUUCGCCAGCUAGUGCUAUGUGGUGAGCCAAUGACACCGCUCCAUAUUGCUACCUGGAGUGGAAAGGUCGAUCUCAUCAACGCCUAUGGUCCAUCAGAAGCAGUCACAAUCAGCGCGAUACGCACCAAUAUGAGUCCUACCGACCAUCACAUGAAUAUCGGAAACGGAGCCGGGUCAAAUUUAUGGAUUGUAGAUGCGAAUGACUAUGAGAAGCUUCUGCCUAUUGGAGCGAUCGGCGAGUUGCUGAUAGAGAGUCCCAGUGUUGGACGCGGAUACAUCAAUAACCCGGAGCUGACAAAUUCAUCAUUCCUACGGGCACCAUCAUGGCUUCAGAACUUACGACGCUGCUCUAGUCUUGGUCGAGUAUACAUGACUGGAGAUCUCGCUCGGCUGGAGUCCGACGGAAGCAUCCGCUUCGUUGGUCGCAAAGAUUCUCAGGUCAAAAUCCGAGGCCAACGUGUCGAGCUCAGUGAAGUGGAACAUCAUAUCCAGCGCCUGAUUGGUGAAGGUCUUGGGAUCCCUGUUUUGGUCGACAUCAUUGCGCCUAAGGGAAUAAAUACAGAUAUUCUGGUCGCAUUCUUGCCAAUCAUGCAAAGUACAAGAAGGAAUGCGCGAAGUGACCUCCAUGAGAUACUGCGCGGUAUAAUCCCUAGUCUGGAAGAGAAAUUGAGCCAAAUAUUACCGUCAUACAUGAUUCCAAGCAGAUUUCUCAUUGUUAAAAAAAUUCCUAUGACAGCCACAGGCAAGAGGAAUAGACAGCAAUUGCGUCGAGAAUUUGCAACCAUGAGCUUGGACGAUCUGGAUGAGGCUAACUCCGUCGAGAAAAAGAGAUUCAUUCCAACUUCGGGAAUAGAGCAACAUCUACAGCAGAUCUGGGCUUCAGUAUUAGGAAAGGAGCCGAGUAUGAUCGGUUCAGAUCACAGUUUUUUCCGCCUAGGAGGAAACUCCAUCAUGGCUAUGCAAGUAGCUUCCCUUGCUCGCUCUGAAGGCCUGGACUUGUCGGUCGCAGACAUCUUAGAGCACAAACAAUUUGGCCGACUCACUGAAAUUCUCUCAACGCGACCAAUUGUGAGCACUACUAUCCACGCCAUACCAUUUUCUCUCCUUCACCCAGGUGACAUGGAUACGCUUCCUGCGAAACUAGAAGAACUUCGAGCGAGGGACAUGAUCGCGGAUAUUGUUCCAGUGACUGAAACCCAAAAAUUCUUUCUCACUCAGUGGAGUCUUUCAUCGUAUUGCCUGCCACUCGCUGGGGAUGUUAAUGUUGAUCGAUUACAUGCUGCCUGCCAGACUGUCGUUUCACAACAUAGCAGCUUGCGGUCCAUUUACAUGAAAGUAGGAGACACAAUCGUUCAAGUGUUUCUGAAAACCAUUGAUGUUUCUUUCAAUCACCUGAAAGUGGACGAUCCCCUUGAAUCUGCCUGCCAAAAAAUAACGAAACAUGAUAUCGCAGAAUCGCCCAUGUCGGGAAAUUUGCCCAUUAAGUUCACUUUAAUCUCAAAAUCAGAAAAGGAACAUGCAUUGAUGGUCCGAGUCUCACACGCACAAUAUGAUGGUUACUCGUCGCCCAUUCUCUUUAAAGGUAUCUCGACUGCCUAUAACAGCCUGAGCCAAAUCCCAGCGCACUCGCUGCCCACGCCUUACAGCCAUUAUGUCUAUGCUUGCCAUCGGUCCAAAACAAAACAGGCACUCGAAUUCUGGCGAAGAAACCUUCUGGGCUCAUCGAUGACCAUUCUUCCUACUCAUAGUUCCUACUGCGGGGAUCGAGCGCCAACUGAUAUCAGACAAACCGCCAGCUCAAAGCUUCCCACUCCUCCCGAAGAUCUUACUGUGCCAACCCUAAUGAACGCCGCCCUUGCCGUUGUUCUUUCGCGACGCCUGCAGGUAUACAAUGUAGUUUUUGGUGUGGUGAUGAACACCCGUGAUAUUGCUGUACCAGGGGUGGAGCAAAUUCUUGGCUCUUGCAUCAACAUCAAUCCAUUCCGCGGUGUCUCGGAGCCAACACAAACUGUUCUUGGCCUCUGUAACGCGCUUCAAGAUCAAUACGUCAACGUUGCCAGAUAUGGUUAUCUCGAUCUCCCGUAUAUCGUUGCCAACUGCACAGACUGGGAUCCUAAGACCAAACUAGGCGUCAUGAUCAAUCACCUCGACGGAGCGAAGCAGCCAAUUCAUCUCAAGCUGAAUGGUGCUGUAUGCACAUCUUCCGAAUGGAAAGCAAAUAUCAAUCUCAUUGAUCAAAUACUUGUUCGCUCCAUCACUGUUGGAGACGAGUUGAGAGUUCAAAUUCUCACAUCAGAUAAAAUCCUGAGUGCAGAGGCUGCGUGUGCUAUGGCUAGGGAACUGGUAGACACCGCACGUCUACUCUCUAAAAGCCCCAACGUGAUUCUUUCUUCUCUAUAUCCAGGUCAACCUGAUCUUGUCGCCUCUGCUAAUUAG